GGAAGAUAACCCACUUCCCCCAGCAAUCCGACGGUAGAUGUCAAAACCAGUCAGCUAUAAAGUGUGGGACUGGCCCAAGCUUGAUUGGGAGCAAGUAUAGCUACCUAGGAGCUCCUUGAUACCUUAUUCUUUCUCUGGUGUAGUAGGAAUCAUCACAGUCGAUCCGAUCAUCCCAAAUCCAGCAUGCAUUUGUGUGAGGCAUUUGUGGGCUCUUGCUAGCCACUCCCUCCCCCCGAAUCUACGCAAGGAGACGAGAGCCUUUUUUAAAUGGAGGUAUUUAAUUCCCCGUGUCUUUUGGGAAGAACAGCUUUUUCACCUCUUUUUGGCUCCGCCAUUAUUUUUUUUCUUUCCCAUCGACGACAGAUACCGGGUUUUCCUCAUCGGCUUAUAGAACAUUCCCAAACCGCAUGCCUCUCACCCACGAGCCGUCCAAGUCACCCCUGCGGCGCUACCAUCACUAUAUCUAUAUCAUUGUCUGGGCGCUGGUGUCGUCGCUGGUUCUCUAUCUGGCCGGAGGGCUGUCGUACCUGGAUGCCUUGCUUCUCGCCUCCGGUGCAGCCACCCAGACGGGGCUGAACUCUAUCGACCUCAACCGACUGCAUGUGGUCCAGCAGGUCACCCUCUGGGGGGUGUCGAUGGUGACUAAUGUGAUCUUCAUCAACUCGCUGCUCGUCGUGAUUCGGCUCUACUGGUUCCGCAAGCGGUUCCGCGGCGUUAUCCAUGAGGCCAAAGUGCUAUGCCGCAAGCAGCGGAACAAAUGGAACCAAGGCCUGCUGCUGGAAGGAGGGAUCGAGAACCGGCCUCUCCCUCCUCCUCCUCCUCCUCCUCCUCCUCCUCCUCCUCCUCCUGUUCCUCGAACGAUUUCGGCUGAGAGACCCGCCGAGGAGCGACCGCUGUUAGAGGUGGUCGAUGGCGAGGACCGAACCUCCGACUUGAUCGGUUACUCCUCCGGCCGGAGGUAUGGCGCUGCGGCGGCGGGAUCAACGAGUCCGCACAUCACCUUCUGUUACUCGGAGGCCGAGUAUGAGAUCAAACACCACCAUCGGCGGUCGAUGUCCGGGACGCGCUCGCGGCGCUCGCUGUCGGAGUAUGACUCGCCCGUGGUCCAACGGUCGUGCCACGAUCUCGACGCCCUGCCGGCGCUGCUGUGGCAGUCGUCGAUCGCCAGCUACGCGGACUGGGACGAGGCGCAGAAGGAGGAGCUGGGCGGGAUCGAGUACCGUGCGCUGAAGACGCUGUUCGUCAUCCUCGUGUGCUACUUCGUGGUGUUCCAUGCGCUGGGGAUCGUGCUGUUCCUGCUGUGGGUGCUGCCGAACCGCCAGUACAGCCAGGUGCUCGCGGACGCGGGCAUCAGCCGGCCGUGGUGGGCGAUCUUCACGGCCGGGUCGGCCUUCAACGACCUGGGGUUCACCCUGACGCCGGACUCGAUGGAUGCGUUCCAGACCGCGGCGUUCCCCCUCCUCGUGAUGACCUUCCUCGUGGUCAUCGGCAACACGGGCUUCCCAUGCAUGCUCCGCUGCAUCAUCUGGACGCUUUCGCAGUUCACCACGUACGGGUCCCCGCUGGACGACGAGCUGGAGUACCUGCUGGAGCACCCGCGGCGGUGCUUCACGCUGCUGUUCCCCAGCGCGGAGACCUGGCGACUGUCGGCCGUUCUCCUGCUGCUCAACGCGAUCGACCUGCUCAUCUUCUACACCCUCCAAGAGACCCCGCAAAACCCCACCAUCACCCCGGGCCUCCGGCUAGUCAACGGCCUCUUCCAAAUCGCCUCGACCCGCACCGCCGGCUUCAGCAUCACCCCGCUGACGGCCCUGCACCCGGCCACGCAGGUCUCCUUCCUGGUGAUGAUGUACAUCUCGGCCUUCCCGAACGCGAUCGCCAUCCGCAAGACCAACGUCUACGAAGAACGCAGCCUCGGCAUUUUCUACAACGACGACACCCUCUCAUCCGCCUCGGACGCACAGCCCGCCCACCCCUCGGCGGACUCGCUGGCCGCCCACAUCCAGCGCCAGCUGGGCUUCGACCUCUGGUACGUGAUGCUUGGCUUCUUCCUGAUCGCCGUGGCCGAGGGCCCCCGGCUGCAGGCGCGCGAGGCGGACGACCGCGACGCGUUCGCGCUGUUCCCCAUCCUGUUCGAGAUCGUCUCCGCCUACGGCACCGUGGGCCUGUCGUUGGGCUACCCGGGCGCGGACACGAGCCUGUGCGGCCAGUUCUCGGGCCCCGCGAAGGCGAUCGUCAUCGCCAUGCAGGUGCGCGGGCGGCAUCGGGGGCUGCCGCAUGCGUUGGACCAUGCGAUUCUGUUGCCGUGUGAGGUUUCGGGGGGGGGAGACGGAGAGGGGGAGCUGGAGGCGUCGGAGCCGUGGUGGUGGUGGAUGCGCUGGAUGCGGAAGAAGGGGGAGGAUUGGGGGAGUCUGUUUGGUGGGGGGGAUUGAGCUUGCUUCAGGUUGUUGUUGGGAAUUCAGGGGUUGGUCUGUGGUUGGUUGGGUUGGCUUUGUUGUGUGGAUAUGAACUUUAUGUGAACAUGAACAUGAACAUCAAUGUGAAUGUGAAUAGUGGACUGCAAUUUAUGCGGAGUGGAGAUGGUGGUGGUGGUGGUGGUGGUGGUGUGUACUGUACAUUGGGAACUGUAAAGUGAACAGAGCAGAAAAGAAAAGGCACUCCGUAGAGAUGCACAGCAGUGGUUAAGGUACAGCACAGUCACAUGCUUCCAGCAUAAACCCCAUUGCAACAAAUGCCGUAGAACAAAGGCAACCACCCAAUCAGUAGACCAAGCAUGGACCCCGGAUCGUCAGCUGUCAGUCCGCAUCAGCGUGCCACGCAC